GCCAAAAUUUCACCAUUUUUUGGCUUUGGGGUGUGAUGGAAUAAAUCAAAAUGGAUCUCUAAACUAUCUGCGCUUCUUUAAUUAAUGAAGUAGCAGUUAGUCAAGCAAUGCAACUUUCGACGUUGAGCCGGGGGUCUCUUUGGAAACAGCCUCUCUACUUUCGAGUAGGGGCAAGGUCUGCGUACACACACCCUCCCCAGACCCUACUCUUCAUUAUCACGUCACGCUUCAUGUAUGAUAUCGUCAUGGUCAGUUUCACGGCGUCACCACUUCAUACUUGGAUUGCUCUCGAGUGUUUCUCUCUCUGGCGAUUCGGCUACUGUAGCUGGAAGCCAUUGCCGUUCAUAAUCGACGACCAGUACCCUAUUAUGGCGAAGGGACACAAGAAGCAAAGGAGACAUCCUACACCCCCUACCCCUCCUAAGAAGAAGGUUUUGGACCCUGUUGUGGAAGACGAGUUGGAUCCUGUGGAACUACCUGAGAACUUGGAUAUAGAAGAUGAUGAGAAUGUUGUUGAUGAUGAGAAUGUUGUUGAAGACGAGGAAAGGGAGAAAACCUCUGACUCCUCGGAUGAUGCUUCUGUUACUGUAUUUGAAAAGGAAGUCACACCUGGAGAACCAUCUGGUGUGACCAACAAAGAACCUGCUAAACAACCUGGUGAAGUGAAUGCUGAACCAAUUCUGAAGGAAAAGGAAGGUGACAAGGAAGCUGAAAAGAAAUCAUUUGCUUCCUUCUUCGAAAAGAAUAGGUCUGCCAACAAGGGAAUGAAGUUGUACAAGAUUGAAAAUGAUUCUGACGAGGUGUUUAUCCCAGAAGAGGACACUCUCACUAUACAGGAUAUUUGGGGACCCUGCCUUGUGGGGUGCUUUACAGGUAGAUUCCCUGGUUUGAAGGCCAUUCAGGAAAUGGUGGACGAAUGGGGUGUCCCUUGCCAAUUCUUACCACAUCAUAAAGGGUGGAUUGUCUUCAAAUACACCACCUUUGAGGAUAGGGAUGCCAUUUUGGUAAAGGAACACAAGGAAAUAAACAUCUGGGUCAAGCUGCUGGAUGUGCCUAUGAAAUAUUGGGCUCCUAUAUCUCUCUCACAUAUUGCUUCUAAACUGGGCACACCACUAUAUACUGAUGGGCUGACUAACUCUGUGGCUUCCAGAUUCACUAAUGAACCUGAAGAUGAAGAAAUGGAUGAUAAGCUGAAAUAUAAGAAGGUCAACUUCUGCAGAAUUCUAAUCAACAUGGACCUCUCUGUCAAGCCUCCUGUGAAGGUUAAGGUCAAUGUGGUUGGAGGAAGCUUUACCCAACAUGUGGAAUAUGAAGACAUGCCCCAUUACUGUUAUCAAUGUGAAUGCUUUGGCCAUAAUCCUUUUGAUUGCCCUGUCCUCCAAGAUUUGAACAAGAGGAAGCUGGAUGAGGAGGACAGAGAAAGGGAGGAGGCUAGGAUUGAAGCCCUUAAAGCCACUAUCAUGGCAGAGGCAAAAGCUGAACUGGAUAAACAACAUAAGAAGGACACUGGAACAAAGGCAGGAGUUUCUGGUGAGAAGAAGACUGGAGGUGGUGAAACUGGAAAAGGCAAGAAUGUGCAAAACCCCACAAUUGAUGAACCAUCUCCCUCAUUUACCAAUAAGAAUGAGGAAUUCAUCACUGUGGGAAAGGGAAAUGUGAGGAGGGAGCUUUGGGACAAACUCUCAUCUUUUGGUAAUGGGAAUAUCCCUUGGGCUGUCAUGGGGGACUUCAAUUCUGUGGCCAGUUCUGGGGAAAGAGUUAACUCCAAUGUCCAGGGCUUAUACUACAUGAAAGACCUCCUCUACUUUAGAAUGAUGAAUGACUUGAUGGAUGCUAAGGCCACUGGUUUAGAAUUUACCUGGAACAAGGGCAGUAAAUGGGCCAAAUUAGACAGAGUUUUGAUCAACCAUGAAUGGGAUGCACUCAACUGGGAGUGUUGGGCCGAUUUCAGAGAUAUGGAAAUUGAGUCUGAUCACUGCCCAGUUGUUCUGAAUCUGGCUAACUGGUGUGUUAAAGAUGAUCAGGGCAGAACAACUACAUCAGGGGAACAAGUGAUUGAAGAAUUUAGUGGUUACUACACCAACCUUUUUGGCACUACAACCCUCACACAACCUGUGGACUGGAGUGUCAUUGGGCAGGGGCCUAGGCUGUGUGCUUCUCAAGGACAACAACUUUUGAGGAAAGUGGAAAUUGCUGAGGUCAAAGAAGCAUUGCAAUCUAUUGGGAGGGAUAAAGCACCUGGCCUUGAUGGUUAUACCUCAGCUUUCUUCAAGGAAAACUGGGAUAUUGGGGAUUUGAAUUCUGUUAAAGUGUUAGCUGAUUUUAUUGAACAAUUCACUUUGGUUUCUAGCCUACACAUUAGCCCACAGAAAUCUAACAUCUUCUUGGCUGGGUCUAUCAAGGACAACAGACAAAGUAUACUCAACCUGGUACAUUUCCCUGAGGGCAAACUACCGGUUAGAUACCUUGGUCUCCCCUUAACCUCUCAAAGGGCUUCUGAGAGGGACUUUGCCCCUCUGAUCAGCAAGGUGGAUGACAAUAUAAGAAGAUGGAGCACUAAAACCCUGUCUGCUGCUGGAAGGGUAGAACUCAUCAGGAGUGUUAUACAGGGCAUUGAAGGUUUUUGGUUGCAGGCAUUCCCAGUACAUAAGGAUAUCUGGACUUGGGUCCCAAAGAAAGGGGACUCACAUUUCUUCAAGAAGCUGGCACAAGUGAGGGAUUUGAUUUCUCAGAAAUGUGAAUCAUGGAGUUCUUUGAUGGAGCAGGAAGAGGUUAGUACAGCAUCAUUAGAGGCUAGGGACAUUAUGGCUUGUGGACUGGGCCUUGGGCUUUGUGGGUGGGUUACCCUAUAUUGGGGUGGUGGAAACAAGCCUACUCCUGUGUACCCCUUCUGGAUACAUAGGGAGAGCAAGUCUUCGUGCGAUCCGUUCAAGGUGGUUUCGUACCUGUCGUCUAAGGAUUCGUGCGUCGCACUCGUCGAUAAAUCACAUAGAUCAACCACGAUAACAAUCAUGAACGGAAUUUCAAACCUAGAUGCAUCUUCUAGUGUUAGAUGUCCACGUACUCACCUCGAUUUGUCAAUUCAAUUCAAGAGAACAUCAUUCGGAUUCCACCGUCAUAGUAAUCUCGUUUGCUGCCUGAACUCCACUGGUCACUGCCCGACGUCACCUGGUCCCAGCCUCUGUCACCGGAGAGGCCAAGUUGCUGGAUUUUGUCGCUAGUUCCAAACCACUGUCAGAGGCGUCGGAGUUGCUGCCAGACGCCGUCGCUUCUAUUUCGCCGGAGCAGAGAAGGCUCGCCGGAAUUGCUGGAUCGCUCGUCCUCAUUGCCGCCUGAACUCGUCGCCGGAGAGAUGUAGGUUUGUUGCCGCUUGAUUGAGAAGGUCAGUCGCCGGAAAUCAAUUGCUGCUUCUCACGUUGGAGCUCGAUCGCUGACCUCCAUCCAAUACCUUCGUGGGUUUGCGUGCGCCGGAGACAGAAAAUUGGCGAGGUCUAGUGGCAGCGUCUUUCAAUUGGAGAAGGAGGAUCUAAGAAGAAAUUUAGGGUUUUGUA